GGCAGGGGACCGUCGACCAACGCUGUCUGCAGGCAAACGCGAAGUCAUCGCGGGGGGAAAAAAUAAAAUGACCAACAGGCGACGCCACCCGCGGGACGAUCUACCGGUCCCGGACGAGGAGAAAGGUCGGUUCACGAUGGCCAGCAAGCACGGACACGACGGCUCUCACUACCAGACGCUGCCCGUGGCCGCCUCCCACAGGAGAUCUGAGCACCAGGGCUUCGCCACUCGACCGCGGGCAACGGAGAAGCGGAGAGAAACUCACGCCUCCGCCUCCUCUCGGGGGGACGUUCACCAGCUGAGGUCGGUCACAGGUCACGGUGCUCACAGGAACUCGGGCUUUGAUCCGGGGUGGAACGAGGGUCGCGUGAUGGAGCGACUCGUGCUGGACACGAGGUCGUCCAAACCGCACAGGAGAUCGAAGGAGCCCGGUAGCAGGCAGACAAGAGGCGCUGACGUGCGAGAGAUCUCCAAGAGCGUCGCGGCCGAUCAGCGAGAAGGCAGGAGACACGACAGUGAGAAAGUCCGGAGGAGAGAAAAGGAAACGAGUAAAGCGCGUGGCGACGGUGGCAGAAGUAGGUCCGAAGGUAGGAGGUAUGUGGAGGAUCGCGACACUGAAAGGUGGACGGCGGAGGUGAAACAUCGGAUGGAGCUGAUCCAGGAAUACCCGCACAAGUAUACAACAGUCGAAGCUACGUCACCCAGACAGAUGGAUGUCGUUUACCCGGGCGAGGAUCUGUAUUACAGCUCCUACACCCGGGGCAUUGCGCCUGAAGAUCUGUACAACGCAACUGGUGAUCAGACGGCUCGGGUGAGUGCCCGAGGAGCGAACAACAGGAAGAAGAGCAGCAGACACGCAGCGGCAGAACCGACCAACUACCAUCAGCCACGCUGGACGGACGCCUACGGUCCUGCCUACGAUUCAACCCAAAAGCACGGCGAUGGGAGACGUGCAGACGAGAAAGGACAACUGCAUCCGACGCGCGACCUGGAGGCGAUCAGAGACGCGAAACCUCCAUCGUACGAGACGUUCCAGCAGCUGAAGAACAAGGGUCAGAUCCGUUCGGACUAUGAACCCGCAAGCCCGACGUCGCACGAACUCCGCGGGGUACGCGAGCUACAGGAAAGAACUGUCGCGUCCCACUCCGCCCGAGCUGAAUCCAACCGCCUCCCUCAUUACAAGAUUCCUCCCAUUUAUCCCAACUCGCAGCAGACCCCCGAGCAACACCAUCGGCAAGUGGAGGAGUAUCAGCCAUGCGGUGCACCCCCCGGCGUCUGCCCUGCCCGGGCCAUUGUCCACCGCAGCAGCCGCAGCGGUGAGGCGAUUUUCUGUUUGAUUUCUCGUGCAAACGUCGCGACGUCUCUUCACGACGGCACGCGGAGCGAGGAUGCGCCCCUCAUCAAGGCCCUCCUCAACGACAACGCCGCCGAGUUCGACUCGCGUUCGGGGAGCACCUCGCAUCCCCUGGUGCGUGAGCUGCAGAGGACGCUGCGAGCCAGAGGAGGAGGACAGAAGACGAUGAGUGACACGGGCCGAGCAGUCCACCAAAUGGCGCCGAUAGAGGAGUCCCAACAGGAGAAGCGGUCUGCACGGUCUUGGUCCGAGAGCGAUGGGAGGAAGAUUAAUUGCAGCAGAGAAGACAGGUCGGGACAUGAUUACGGCCCACGAGAAGUGUUAUCCUCUAAUGAUUUCACGCACAUUAAUGUGCACUCGGCCCGCGAACAUGGUGGUGGUUUGUACUCUGAAAGCAGCAGUGCUAUUUCAGAUGAACGCUACGGAGACAAUCACUCGCGACAAGAAGGCUUCCACGACAACGACCAUUCAUCCGCUGAAGUUUACGAGCAUCAUCGGGGAGGUAACUGGUGGCGUACAGGAGAGAUACGUGACUCGGCGAGAGAAGGACUUUCGAGGACAACGCACAAUCGGGACCACUACUUACCCGGCCUCGGCGAGGAGAACGCAAAUGCUGCAAUGGUUGGCGAGUACAGGUCAAAUGUCGCCAUGCAGAAACCCCAAGCAGAGCUCGGGCCCAGCUCCAGACGACACGAGGAGGCGUUCGGAAGGCACUUGCUAAGACCAACAGAAUGGCACCACCUAGAAGCAAUACGUGAGCUCGACGACACCGGCAUGAGACAGCAGCAGGGGGAUUUUUUGCGCCAGCCAGCACGUGGGGACUUCACCCAUCCUCUGGCACAGCAGCAGCUGCAGCAGCAGCAACAGUCAGAGUCAGCCAGACGAACACGAAUCGAAGCAUCUACACCCUGGAGUGGAAAUUCACCCGUACGAUGGACGGACACCUUUGACAGAGUGAACGACAGCAGCCGACGUGAGCUUGCGCAGCCAAGCUCAUACCCGGAUAUUGCAAUAAUCGAUGCCAGCGAUACGGCAAUCACAGCCACAUAUGUUUCUUCGAAGGAUUAUGUGUACGACUUGCCGGCGGAAAAUUCCGGCAGUUGCGUAGAACGUCACCAGCAGCCCGUGCCUUAUUCAGAUUCCACAGAGUUCCGAAUGCCAAUCGUGAAUGUCACAGCUAGAGAUCACGUUGAAAUACUUCAAGAUACAGCACGACGUCCAGGGAUGUCUAUCAGCUCCGUGUGUCAACCUCCAAAUGGCUUGCCGUGGCAAGCAGUAGUUGGGGAGAUCCAGGGAAGAGUAAAGGAGGUGUUUGGAGGGAUCAGCCUAAAGGGAAAUGAGGAGGAUAAAGAGAUUAAGGUAAAAGAGAAGGAGCUGGAGAAAUGUCCAAGCCUGAGUGGACUUCUGGUUGAGAGAAGCUCUCUGAAAGAGUCACUUGCAGAGCGGACAUCACGCAUCCUGGGGAUCUCCGUCUCAGAGGAGACUCUCAACGUGCUCAGGAGAGAGAUGUUGGCUGGAGCCUCAACCAGCUCUCAAAGCAGCCACGCCAAAGCUGGCGAGGGUGAGGGUCAAGCGGCUGCAGAGGUCAGAGUGAAUGAGGUGACGCAGUCUCGAGAGGACAACUCGCCAGCUGGAGAAACGUCAGCGGGUGCGGCCCCAAGAGUCGAUGUUCCAGACUUUGACAUCUGCGGAAAACACCUCGAGAAAAGUAAUGGCGUGAGUGGAAAUCCUCCCACGAGUGACCAUGUAGAUUUUAUCCAAACUUGUGAGGAUACCUCGGCUGCUGUGGAACAGAUCUCCUCCGCGCAUGACCAUGAGCUGCACGUCGUCUCAGCUGAGACGAAUGGUGAUCUAGGAGAGGGGAGUAGCGAAGCAGGUGGUAUAGGAGCAGAAGGAGGAGUGUCCUCAGGUUCAAAAUUCGAGGAGCAGUCAGAGUCUGUACGGUCCAGCUCGCCGCAAGAAGACUGUGUCGCUUCAUGCAGCAGUUCCGACUGCUCGACAGAUACCGUCAUCGUCGUGGCAAAGUCGGGAGAAGAAGCCAGCAGCCAUGAAACUUCUUCAGCAGCUGCUGAUGUGUAUUCAGAGUCAGCAGAAGCAGCAUUAGAAACGGAAGUAGCAGUAGAAGAAGCAGCAGCAACAGCAAUGACAAAUAAUGAGCCUCAAUAUGCCAAUGCUAGAUCAGGUAAAACUGAGCCACCUCCUCUUCCUCCUUAUCCUCCUCCGAAGCGCAAGGUGAUGCCAGGAGAUGUCCACCAAGGCCAGCCCGACAAGCCUCUGCAACUAGAGCCAUCCUCUGCGGAGUUCCCGUGCGCAGAUCCUCCUGAGGAUUCUUCUACGUGGAGCCAGGAGGACCAGGACAGCUCCUUCUCCUCGGACUGUUCAGGGUCGGCGAGUGGGGACGAGGCAGCGGGCGCGACGACCGAUGCCCACGGAUGCAGGGCGGAGAUCGAGAAGAAGUUUGCCAAAACCAAGACCCUGCGCAGCGGCAAGCGGAGGAAGCUGGGUCGGCAGUGCAAAGCGCAGUGAGGAAACCUACAGGAUAGCUCAUUAGAGAGCGAUUAAUCCUACCGGCAGCAUGGACAAGAGAUCGUUGUGUAAGACCAGUUGCAUAUAACAGCUCAAUUAAUUAAAACUAGCUUUGUUCAACCAGGAAAGCCUGAAGGGCCCAUCCUCUUUUUUUCCAGGAAGAACCUGCACGGAGAUGUUUGGCCAAUACAAUGAAAGAGUGUUUGGCAUGACAUAAUAAUAAUAAUAACAAUAAUGUAUUCUUGGUUCUUUCGGUAAAG